AUGGCCGAGAUUUUUUGUUCUGGCCGAACUAAUCGGAAACUCGGCCAUUGUUGCGCUCAGGGCACAGUGCAGAAGCAAAAAAGAAAGCAGAAACAGCAGUUGUUUGUCUCAUUUCUUUUCCUCUCUUCAAUCUCGCAUUUCAUCUCAUUUCUCUAGUUCCCUCUUCUUUUUUCUCUCUAUUUUUUCCAUUGAUUGAUGCGUCGCGGCUGCGAAGCGACAAUAACCUAUCCAGUCUUGUGACGCCUUUCCUAUAUUUCUUAUUUUUUCAAAAAUGAAUAUCGUUAUUUUUGUGCUUUUGGGAAGUUUCCCAUUGUUGGGAAAUGGGCGGGACUUAACACGCUCACAAUACGCACAUUUACAAUAUAUUAAUUUGAUUUAUUUCAGAUCGGUCUUUUUUUGACCUUCGGGUUGUUUUUUUAUUUCCCGGUGUUUUCUGUAAGAUCACUCGACUCUACACACCAAAUAUUAUUAUUUUAAUUAUCAUUAUUUAAACGGUUAGUAUAUUUGCAUUCUGAAUAAUUAUUCAUAAUUAUUUAUAUUUAGAAAGAUGCAAAGUCAAAAUUACUGUCGUUCUGUUGCCAGUGGAUCAACAUCUCCAUCAACACGAAACCAACAACAACAACAACAACAACAACAACAGGGGAAGACUGGGCGAAGUCGCCAGCAGCAAAACUAUCGAAAGGCUCAUUCGGUGAGCCCACCACAACAAUCAUGUUUUGCCAGUUCGCAAUUUUGUAAUUCACCAUCCGCCAGAUCCAUUCCACUUCCACCAUCACAAUGGAUUAAUAAGGUGAGCACUUUUUUUUUUAAAAUUUAUGAGUGAACUUGUUUAGAAUCUCGCAACAAUUGUUAAAAACUUAGUGGAAAUUUUAGGGCAAAAUAUUUUUGUAACUUUCCGAAUGAAAUCUGUAAAGUAGUUCUCACAUAACUCGAACCUUUCGUUUUCUAAAAAAAUGAAUUAAAUAUAUUUCUUUAAAAAAUUUUGAAUGAUUAAACAAAAAAUUGUUUAUAGAUGACAUCAAAAUCGCCAUCAUCUUCUUCUCAAAAUUCUCCAAAUUCAUCCGGUACAACAUCACCUUUUAAUGAGAACAUAAUGGGAGUUCGUGUUUGUCCGCUUCAAUUGAUUGCUGCAGUCGCAUCUUCAUAG